AUGUCCAGAACAAGCGACUGGAAGACUUAUCAAGGAAGCUGGAUCGAUCUCAGUUAGACUGUGAGAUGCUGGAGACGCAGUUGAAGUCGUCGCUGCAGAGCACAGAGCCACUUAAACAGACCCGUGUUGACCUUGAGGCCAAGCUGAAGGUCAAGGACAGAGAGAUCAUCAACCUGAAGAACAGUCUGGAAGGAGCAGAAAUGAUGAGGAGGCAGUUCGAGGCUCUGAUUGCAUCUAACGAUAUUCUGUCUAACGAGGAGGACAAGAAACAGAGGGAGAAGAAGAUACAGUCCCUUGAAUCCAGCAAUUCCCGAUAUGCAAACCAAGUGAAAUCUACUAAAGAUGAGCUAAAAUCCUUGAAGUCAGAGCUUUCAAGAUCUUCAAAACAUGGAAGAGAUGUGGAAAUAAAACUAAGUAAAUCACUGACAAAACUGGAAAAAUAUUGGAAACUUCUGAAGGACAAUGAUUUAUUGCCAAAGGGGGAGCGGAAGCCAAACAAAUCCAAGGUCCUUGAUGAGUCCUUGUGGGAGACUUCACAGGAGGAGGAGGAUACAGGAUCACUGAUUGGUGAAGUCUGUUACCAUCUGGAAGAAGCUGAUCAAUCAGAUAACAACGACGAUGACGUACAUGGAGAUAAUGCAGUGGAUGAUGAUGUUGACUUCAUGGAUGUUGGUGGUGGAGACGUUGAUGAUGAUACAGAAGAUGAUGACUACCCAUCCAUAGAUUUCCGCUUCACAUUCAGCCCCAUCUGUGCACCAGUGUCCCCGCUGCCACCGUCACCAGUGCCGGCCAAGCAAAUGAAGGCAAGUUCCUCAGCAACCCCCUCCUCGUCAAUAGCAUAUGAGAAUGAGGAUUCGAUGGACAUCAUGGCUGAAAGCCUUCAGUCUCAACUUCUUGAAGAUUUAACUGCUUCCAAAGCAAAAUCUCUGCGGCGAUCUCCAAGAUUAAAUAGAGGAAAAGAUAGGGCCCUUGUUUCCUCUUCUGAUGAACCAGCUGAAAGCUUCAGGACAAAUAGAGUCAAGACGCAGAAGCUACAAGAGAGUAAAGCUGAACAGCAAGAUAAAGGAGCUGAUAAGACGGCCAUUGAGCCUAGUUCCAGGCUACAGAAUAGGCUAGACUUCGGUGAAUCUGAAGGAUAUGAUCUGGAGACCAGUCUGCCAGCUAUUUCAGAUUCCGACGAGGAGGUGGAGGAGGGGACAGUUUAUGAUGGAAACAGGAAAGGUUCUUCUCCGUUUCCAGUGCAGAACUUGAUCGAAGACAUGAAGAGGCUAAAAGAGGUAGCUCAGCGUACAAUGUCUGUUGAUGAGGAGCAGGAAGAAUCUGUGAUGCUGAAACUGAGACCCAGGAACACCAAGGCGUCCCUGCAGCUGAGCCCUCUCGCAGACCUCACUGGUACAAGGAGUCCAUUGUCCUCAGCUAAGUCUUGUAGUACAGAUGAAAAAGAAAAUGUAACUGGAAAUCUACAAAACAGACCAAUGACGCCAAAAAGGGUUUCAGGAACAUUAUCAAAAUCUGAUGAGCAUGUGAGGAGUGAAGUGAGCAGUCAGACUGAUCGAGUUACAAGAUCUAUGAGUCAGCCAGCUGACGAAAAGACAAAGCAGAAUGAACAUUUGGCUCCUCGACCAAAGUCUGCCAUGGCGAAGAUGGAAGAUGGUUUCUUAACACCUACACCUCCAAAGUCAAAGAAAAUGCAGCCAACUUCGCCAAAAACUGGAGCUGAGCAGUCACCAAAGAAACAGACUCGCACACGAACAACAAGCUUACCAUCAGAUUUGUCAGAUCUUGAAAGUUCAACAGUAAGAAAGUCACCAAGGUCAAGGUCAGAAACACUUAGCAGUACUGACAGUUUACAGUUGAAGAAAUCAUUACGGUCACAAUCAGUUGAAAUGUUGCAUCAUAAAGAUGCAGAAAGUCCUGUGAGAGUUCUAAGGUCAAGGUCAAGAGACAUUUCUUCAGAUUCAUCCGAUAGUAAAGUCAGUCAAACAGGUUCUGUGAAACAGAAAAAAGAUCCAUUUGUGAAAAAGAAGGCUGCAAAAGAAGAGGAAUUAAAGCUGGUUCUUGACAUUAAAGUGCAAAAUUCUGAAACAUUGAAUAAUAUUGGAAAGUCUGAUGCAAAGGGACAUGAAAAUGCAAAAUGUGCUACCCCAGAACUGAAACAGGGUCCUGCAUUUGCAAAAGAACAAACAGAGAGUGAUAUUGUGCUUGGGAUGAAAUCAUCCAUCACUGAUGAUGUGAUGGACAUGGAGGCCAUGGUUUCAGGACAAAUAGACACGGAGGAAGCAGACAGGACAAUUGUUGAGGGUGGAUCAGAUACUGUGGAGUGUUCGGAAACUGUGAAGGCUGCAGGUAAUACAGGCGACACAUCAGGAAUGGACAUCAAGAUAGACUCCAGCCCUGACUCUCUGAAAACAUCCAACCAGGCUGCUGAAAAGAAGCAUUCAUCUUCUGAAAGUGAUAUUUUUUCAGAGAAAGGUCACAAUAAGCACAAUCUGGAUGAAACUUUGAAAGGAUCAGUGUCCAGUUCUAAAACAGUUACAUCAGAAUCUGUCAGUGAUAGUUCUGGGUCUGUGAGAACACCAGUGAAAUGUUCCAAACCGGAAUCAACUCCAGGAACAAUGACAGGCAGCAGUGGUUCAAAUUUCAUAGCAAAAAAGGCAAAAGCAGUGUCAUUACCAUCAAAGAGAAUGUUUUCUUCAAAAUCUGAUUUUCACAAACAGGUAAUGUCUUCUGAUUCAUGUGAUACAGAGGAAGAAAACCAGAAGAAGAGAAAACAGAGCACACAGAAGGGGAAGAGUCCAAAGAUACCUGUGAUUGACACAUCCUCAGAAUCUGAGACUGAUGAGGAUGAGAGCACAAAUGCUAAAGAUUCUGGAGGUCACCUUGGGUCAGAUUCUUCACCAGGGUUGGAGGCUGAGUCUGACACAGUCCAGACUUCACCUGGAACCAGGACGUCUACGCAGGAGAAAGUGGCAGUCAAGGCUGUUGUAUCCUUGUCAUCCUCUGACUCUGAGGUAGAUCACACUAAAGGAUCUGUACCAGGACCACCUGCGAGGAAACUGAGGAAAACAUUCAACACCAAACUCAGGGGCAGUGGGAAGAAGACCUCUUACAAGGCUACCAGGAACCAACAGAAAGUUUUCACAUCUAAAGAAUUUAUUUCUACUGAAUCAGACAGUGAUGGGAGUGAGAGCAUACAGCCCAAGAAAGCUGAUAAGAUACUUGAUGAUAUUCCAUCUGUGAAUAAUGCAAGCAAAUCCUUUCUCUCUGAACAUAAUAUGGACAGAAUGGAUUUGGUCAUGGAAACUAAAUCUUUAACUUCUGCUAAAAGAGAACGAGGAAAAUCUGGUAAGAUCUUUCAAGAUAAAAAUUCAAAGCCAAGUUCUCAACAGAGCCAAAAUAAUGCUUCAAGAGGUACUUUCCCCUCAGAUAGAGUACCGCCAGGUUCUUGCUCUCUAGUCAAGAGAUGA